AUCGAUAAUAUAGAUCUAGUUAUAAUAUCUAAACAAAAUUAACAUACUGCGCAAAAGAUUUAUUAUUGUAUGUGUUUAUUUUGGAUCACUUUAAAUCUGGAAUAACUAGAAAUGAAAAAAGCAGCCCAUUAAAACUGAAAGAGAGCUCUAAUGGUGGCAGUACGAGGUAUACGUAGCCAUGUAAGAUUUUCUCCUCCGUGUCCCACACUGCUGAUCAAGUAUGUCAGAGAAUAUGAACACUGCAGAUAAAGGGCAGAAUUUCAUGAACGAAGUAGUACAGCCCGAUUUCCAAAACUGGGUUAAAGGCAUAAUUGCUCAAAAUAUAACGAGAAAAACAUUAUGCAAUGUCAUCGAAAGAAAAUGGAAAAUAUAUAUCUCCGAAUUGAAGGAAGAAGAGGUAGAACACAUUGAAAUAUUUAUGACAUGUUUGGAAAAAAGUAAAAUAAAUUUCAAAGCUGAAAUAAAGACAUUGAGAUGUGGUCAUAAUGUUUGUGAAUCAUUACUUACUCGGCUUCUUGAACUCCGCAAUUUCUCUCCGGAACCUCCAGAAACCAACUACUUUCAAACAACAGAGGACGUAAUAUAUAAGAGGCAUGAAGCUUGCGAAGACAAACCUAUCGAAAAGACGAAAACAGAAGCAGUACUGAAUUCACAAAACAUAUUUUCUACCGAUUCUCUAAUCGGUUAUUGGCCUUUUGCAAAACUGUACGCUCCAACUGAAAAUGUUGUGUCUAGGAACAGCCUGGAAGACCUUGAUAUGGUUAAUGUAGUUGAACUGCUUGAAAGAUGUACAUUGUUUUCCUUCAGUGGUUCGCAAAAGGUUUAUAAAGAUAUAUGCCUUAGUAGAAAUGCCUGGUUGCAGUCGUCCAACAACAAAGCAUCAAAAGAAGAUACAGAAGCAUCGUUACAGUGCUUUUUGAACCUGCUCAAAAACUUUGAAGAUUCCAAUUUUUACCAGUGCUCAGAUGCAAUAGCAGAUUUACAGCAACUCGUAAACACAGACCUAUGCUGUGAAUACAAGGGGACAGAAUAUAUGGAUUUGGUAAAAAUGACCUUAGAAAUGAAGGUAACCGCACUUUCCUUUGACAUAUCCAUUGGUAAAAUUGCUGACGCAGAGAAUAUCUGUUUAGAUACAUUGAUGAAGGACACAAAGAAUCUGCUAGAGCUUGUUGAGGAACUGAUAUCAGAAGAAGAGUCAGAUGAAGUGACCACAUUAAAGUCUGAAAAUGAAAGUCUCAAAAGCGAAGUGAUGCGUCUGCAGAGAGAAACUGAACUGCUGAAAAAACAGGGUUGUUCAGGUAAACCUGAGGCAACAGAAGUGGAGAUGGAGUCCGUAACGUUGACAUGGGACCAGUCGUCGGAUUUAAGGGACACUGAUUACUAUCAAAUACACUACAAAGAAGAGACCGAUUGCGAAUGGAGUAUACACCCAGAAAAACAUACAAGUACAACAGCUGUUUUGGCGAACUUGAAUCCUGGUGCAACAUAUAUAUUCCGCAUUAAAAUAGUUCGUGAUGCAGAAUAUGUAUACAGUCCCGAAAGUGAUGCCAUUGUCACGCUACAUUCGCAAGCUGCCCUCCUUGUGGAAGAAGCUGAAAAACUGGAAGACUUUUCUUUGGCUACAUAUUUACUUCCACUGACUGAAAUAAUGCAGAACGACGAGACAAAGAUAAUAAAAUAUCUUGUUGGUGCUG